UCUAUCAGGUGGGCGACACGUGUCCUUUCCUUAGAUACCACGUGUUCUUACCCUACUGGGCUAUCAAUUUGGCCGUAUCAGAACGCAACCUCCUUAGAUGGACUCCCAACUCUUGAUCCUUUGACUCAAUUUGGAAGACCAUCUACUUUGAUGUCUCCUCCAAACUUGGUUCUCUCCCACAUUGCUCAGUAAUUGACUCCCCAAGGAAUAUGCUUACUGUUGUCUCCUGGGGUCUCCCCCUAUCAAUUAUGCUUUCCCCUCCCCCUGCCCUAUAGGGUUGUUUCCCCUGCCUCUGGCUUUGUAUAUCCCUCCCCCCUUUUUUCCCCUUGUAUUUAAUUUAUAUAUUCAUCCCAAAAAAAAAAAAAAAAAAAUCAUAAAUUUAUCCAUGUGUGUGCUACUACUAUAUUCCAUUUAAAAGAUACUACUCUUUCAGUGAUGGUGCACAAAUGGGAGUAAAUGCUGCAAAGCUAUUGAAAGUAGCAUGGAUGACUUUCCCAAUUGGAAUACUUUUUACAUUUGUAGCUUGCAUAUCUGUCUUCUGGUGGCAGGCACUAAACUUCACCGAUUCCUAUGGGCAAUCUAUCUUGAUUCAUGGAUUUGCAUGCAUAUUAGAGCUACUGGCAGAACCCUUAUACAUUCUUUCACAGAAUUUGCUACUCCUUGAAUUGCGUUUAGUGGUUGAAACUGUGGCAACUCUUUCACGUUGCAUGACAACCUACUUCCUCAUUGUCAAGCAGACUAAUAUGGAAAAAGUGAUUGUAUUUGCAUUAGCACAGAUAGCAUAUGGAGCUUGUUUGUUUUUAGGAUAUUGGGGCUAUUUUCUUCUCACUCACCUAGUGAGAAAUUCUGACCUUUUCCCCUUCAGAAAAGGAAAGAUGACGGAUUAUGAUCAGAGGCUUAAAAAUAUGUGUAUAUUGUUUACUGGUCAAUCCUUCUGGAAGUUGCUCCUUCAGGAAGGGGAAAAGAUGAUACUUGUAUGGUUGGAUACACCCUUCAACCAGGCUGUGUAUGGACUUGUAGACAAAUUAGGUAGUUUAGUUGUGAGAUUGGUGUUUCUUCCUUUUGAAGAAAGUUCUUACACUACAUUUGCAAGGUUUGCAUCAGGGAAAUCUCCUCAGAGAAACAUGAAAAUAGGGAGUUCCCUCACUGAUGCACUAAAACUUGUUAUUUUAAUUGGUUUGGUUGUUAUGGCAUUUGGUCCAAGCUACUCUUAUGCUCUUAUUAGAGUCUUGUAUGGUAGGAAAUGGAGCGAUGGAGAAGCUCCAAAUGCACUUCGUUACUAUUGUCUUUAUGUCAUUGUUUUAGCUAUGAAUGGAACAUCUGAAGCAUUUCUACAUGCAGUGGCAAAUGAGAAACAGUUGAAGCAUUCAAAUGGCUCCUUACUCAUAUUCUCAGGGAUUUACGUUGUACUGAAUGUCCUACUCAUACGCUCAGCUGGGGCAAUUGGGUUAAUUGCGGCUAAUUCAUUAAAUAUGAUUUUCAGGAUUCUGUACUCUGCAGUAUUCAUUAUGCAUUAUUUUCAGGAUUCUAGAUCCUUUGCAUUCAAUCAGUGCUUGCCAUCUGGUUGGACAGUUUUGCUUCUUUCAGGUGUUGCUACUCUCAUAUCUGAGCGAAUAUUUCUCGAUCGGGAAAAUUUUUGGCCAACCAUGCUCAUUCAUUCAUCCUUUGGAUUGACAUGCUUAUGUAUAUCCACCAUUGUAAUAUAUUGCCGUGAGAGGCCUUUCAUCAACAAAAUCAUCCGUUUUCGGGACCAUGUUGAAUAGAAUAACUAACUGAUACUUCACUUGAGCCUCAAAGAUGGAGCCCCGGGAAUUCUUAAAUUGGCUGGUUCACAGGGCCGAGUCUAUAACUAAAAUGGGCUGGGCCCUGAGUUUGGGCUCUACAAAAUCUGCCACCAAGGAAACUUGUAAAAUGUUAUUACUUGUUCAUCCAGGACCUAUACAAACUUUUGUUUUUUGUGAACUCAGAUGAAGUGGUUGCUUUGUGUUCAUUGUAUAUGAACACGACUGUGGCGGGGGAAAAUGUCAAUUUCACAUCGGCUGUGAGAAUGAUGUGGCAAUUCUAAUCAUUGGAUAGAUAGUGGAUGGUCUAGAUUGGCCACUAGUUAAGUUUCAGCCACAAAGUGCCACUUCACGGCCGUCAAGAAUGAUUGUCUAGACAACAGAUUGUCAGGAUAAGCUACUUUAUCAAGUUUUAGACUCAAAUUCAACCAUGUUCUCAUACUUGUAUUUGCAUGGAUUACCAUGUAUUUUUAUGCACCCCACUACUGUACGUGCACUUUCUCAUGGUCUUGGAUUUUAAGAGACUAUUUUUCCACUUGGCAAA